AUCCAGUUGUAGAGAUGGAGGAGUGAUGAGCAAAGGAGUCAAGACCAUGCUGGAGAAACCCACAGAAACAGUUGACCUGACCAAGUGGGAGCACAGAGACCCCAGUGGUAAAACUAGGGAACCAGCACUGGACCGAUCCAAGCCUUCUGAAUCCUUGGUGAAUAUUUGGAUGAAGCCAUUAAACUAAUUGCUUGUCAUCAUGAGCAGAAGCAAGCGGGACAACAAUUUUUAUAGUGUAGAGAUUGGAGAUUCUACAUUCACAGUCCUAAAACGGUAUCAGAAUUUAAAACCUAUAGGUUCAGGAGCUCAAGGAAUAGUGUGUGCAGCUUAUGAUGCUAUUCUUGAAAGAAAUGUUGCAAUCAAGAAGCUCAGCCGGCCAUUUCAGAAUCAGACUCAUGCUAAGCGAGCCUACCGAGAACUAGUUCUUAUGAAAUGUGUUAAUCACAAAAAUAUAAUUGGCCUUUUGAAUGUUUUCACACCACAGAAAUCCCUAGAAGAAUUUCAAGAUGUUUACAUAGUCAUGGAGCUCAUGGAUGCAAAUCUUUGCCAAGUGAUUCAGAUGGAGUUAGAUCAUGAAAGAAUGUCCUACCUUCUCUAUCAAAUGCUGUGUGGAAUCAAGCACCUUCACUCUGCUGGAAUUAUUCACCGGGACUUAAAGCCUAGUAAUAUAGUAGUCAAAUCAGACUGCACUUUGAAGAUUCUUGAUUUUGGACUGGCGAGGACUGCAGGAACAAGUUUCAUGAUGACGCCUUAUGUAGUGACUCGCUACUACAGAGCACCAGAGGUCAUCCUCGGCAUGGGCUACAAGGAGAACGUGGAUUUAUGGUCUGUGGGGUGCAUUAUGGGAGAAAUGGUUUGCCACAAAAUCCUCUUUCCAGGAAGGGACUAUAUUGAUCAGUGGAAUAAAGUUAUUGAACAGCUUGGAACACCCUGUCCUGAAUUCAUGAAGAAACUACAACCAACAGUAAGGACUUAUGUCGAAAACAGACCUAAAUAUGCUGGAUAUAGCUUUGAGAAACUGUUCCCUGAUGUGCUUUUCCCAGCUGACUCUGAGCAUAACAAACUUAAAGCCAGUCAGGCAAGGGAUUUGUUAUCCAAAAUGCUAGUAAUAGAUGCAUCCAAAAGGAUCUCAGUAGAUGAAGCUCUCCAGCACCCAUACAUCAACGUCUGGUAUGACCCUUCAGAAGCAGAAGCUCCACCACCAAAGAUCCCUGACAAGCAGUUAGAUGAAAGGGAGCACACAAUAGAAGAGUGGAAAGAACUGAUAUAUAAAGAGGUAAUGGACUUGGAGGAGCGAACCAAGAAUGGAGUCAUAAGAGGGCAACCAUCUCCUUUAGGUGCAGCAGUGAUCAAUGGCUCUCAACACCCAUCGUCUUCACCGUCUGUCAAUGAUGUGUCUUCAAUGUCCACAGAUCCGACUUUGGCCUCGGAUACAGACAGCAGUCUAGAAGCAUCAGCCGGACCUCUAGGCUGCUGUAGAUGACUACUUGGGCCUUGGGGGGGUGGGAGGGAUGGGGAAUCGGUUAGUCAUUGAUAGAACUGCUUUAAAAACAAUUCAGUGGUCAUAUUUUUGAGUGAUUUUUCAGAAAAUGUAGAAUUCAUUUUGUAGUAAAGUAGUUUAUUUUUUUUAAUUUCAAGUGUUGUAAUUUAAAACCUAAGUUGUGUUUUUAAACAGCAACAAAACUAUUGUAUUUUUGCUGUAAUUAACUGUAUGAUGUAAACCUAAUUAUUUUAUCAUGGUUUAAAUUUUUGCAUAUUUGCUUUAUCUUAUGCUGCUGAUUUUUUUUUACUGAAUUUGUAAGAUUUUGUUUAUCAAAGCAACUAUUAUGUGGUGACUUGCAUAUAUCAUGAAUUAUUUAAGAUGUUUAUAAGUUUUUAUUAGAAUUUAUUUCAGAUGUUUGUUCAUGAUGCUAUCCUUAAGGGUUAUGUGCUUAUCAAUGAAAUAACCCCAGAGGAGUAAGGGAAAAUAACCUGUAGCCAGUUAUAUUCAGGAAUAACUACUGUAAAUGAUGAACGUGUCAAGAAACCUCCUAUUUGCUACUUGCCAAUCUCAAUUUAGUUACAACAAUUAGUAUGCAACCUUACCUAAAUUUUGGCAAAUGCCCUGCUAUCUAAAUGACCUAAUAACUCAAAGCAUGUCUUUAAAAAUGCUGAGCACAUCCUGCUACCUUUUGGAGCUCCCCACCCCAACCCAACAGAAACUCAAAUCAAGAAACGUGGUGUAUUCUGAACAUUGUGGCAUGCUCAGCUUUUGAUCAUAUACAGUCAAGAGGAUACUUCAUGAAUAUACAUUUCAAUGCAAAUCAACAGAUGGUUCCCUUGUACUAGCUAUGAGCCUGCUUCUGUAUACACUGAGUUAAUCUUCUCAGGCUGUAGGUCCUGGCAUUGGUCAAGAGUCUGCACUUCUCUUUUGUACAGCUCCUGGCCUCUGGACCUUCCCGGUUCCUAUUCCUUGAAGGCUCAGUCUGAUGAGCACCUGUGUAUGGUGUUUCUGGCCAUUUGAUUCUACCUGUAACAUAAUCCUAUUUUUACUAGCUGUCAGGAGGUUCCAAAGCCUACUUAAAUUUGUGUAGGUGAUGUUUAAAUGAGCAAUAUACCGUUCAUCUGAAAAUAGUAGCACACAGCCAUAUGUAGGAUGUCAUUUUCUAAGGACUGUUUCUUCACAGUGAGCAGAGCAGGCAAAGUGGUGGUUCUUUAGUCCGAGUCUUUGAUUUUUAUACCUGAUUUCAAGUAUAAUACGCAGUGUGGACGUUGAGUAGUUUAAGAAUGGUGCUGCUCCUGACAAGUGUGUGUUAACUGUUUACAUUUUAUAUCUACAGAAUCUUUUCUCUGUAACUGAAUUUUUCCUAAGUAAAAUGUCAUCGAGGUCUCAUUAUUUCUGAAAUGAUGUCUGUAAUGCCCAGGCACCUUUGGUAUUGUCUGGAAUAAGAGGGAUUUCAUGUAAUGAACUGGGAAAUACAUACUUUAUGAGCUGCAAGGUUGUAGGGAGAAGCCCCUUGGAGCUCCCAACCAACAGGAGUAAGAGAAUAGGCACAGCUCAGCAAAUUUCUGAAAGUUUGCUUAGUUUUUUGUUUGUAUAUUUAGUGUAGAAUUACUUUCAAGUAAGGUAUUUUCGGUCAUUGUUAAUGUGCAAUACUUAAGAUUAAGAUACAUUAGCCUUUUUUUUUACACUUUGAAAUAUAGCAAAUUAGUUUACCAUGAUUUCUAAUGUCCCACCUUUUAGUGAUUCCUUUUCUAUACGUAUAACAUGGUGCAUUAAUUUUAUUAGGGAAGUAUGAAUUUGAGACUAUUGCGCCUCUUGGGCUGUAGAAAUACAAGAUUGGAGUCAGGAUUUUAGCAGAAAUUGGAGCGUGAGUGUGUUCUUAUUUUAUAUUAGUUUCACAGCUAACUGGUUUUGUUUUCCCUAGGAUACAAUGUGUCACUAUUGCACUUUAACAGCUGACAUGCUUCAUUAGUUUUCUGUAUUUUAUGUUUGAUUGCUGAGAAGCCAUCUUUCUUGAUGCAGAUUUUGGUUAAGUAAGAAAUAACAGUUGUUCUGAUUGUACAUUUGUUGUAAUUGCCAGCUCCCACUUGCCAGCCAUCAUGUUUCAGUUGAAUUAAAAGAAAACGAGCUUUCAAUGCUUAAUGUAAACUAAAAUACUUAACAAAAUUAUACCCUAAAAGUAAGGUCUGUUUGUUAAAUGUGUGUGCCCCAGCUUUUUACGAUCCAUUGUUUACAUAACUUCCCCCUCUUUGCUUAAACCUUUUAACAUAAAUCAUGUUGGUACUUUUAGAGACUUAAAUCUUAAGUAUUUUUUUUAAGAAUUUACAAAAAACAUUUCCGUCUAGCAGUACUUGUUAAGCCACCCUAUAAUUUGACUUUUCAAUUAUAUAUGCUUAAGCUACCCGUUGUCUUACUGUUCCAAAGUUUUUUGAGAAUUAGCAGUCAACGUCAUAGGUUAGGAAAAGGACACUGAUUCUUCCUACAUAUCUUCCUGGUCACAGUUGUCUUACCCCUAAUAUAUACUGACCAUCUGUAAGAUGACCAUGUUGUUGGGAUUGCUUGUUACAAAUGGAGCAUCUCAACUCUUUCCACUAUUUGCUACGUGUUUUUUUAUUGUGUCUUGCCAUGCUGCUUGCUGAUUGCCAACUCAAAAGAGUGCACACCAGGAACAAAGCCCAGUGGGUUCACACCUCACUUGUAAGAGAAGCUGUAGUUCCUACCAGUACAGAGAAGUUUGAUUGUGUACAAAGCAGCAGCUUGCCUGGCAGCCUGUCACCCUCUGUUCUGGGUUUGUCUCACUCUGUUACCCCAAGACAUAGAGGCAGAGAGGCUACUGACAAAAUGAGCAAUAGGCAAGUGAAGCUGUUAAAUUACAAAUAUAACGUGGUUUACACUAUUGGCCAGUUUCUGCCACACACAUGAAGACAACCAUUAGUGUUGCCUAGGCAGUAGCCUGCACAGCAUUUAAGAUAAAAACAUAGUCUAUUUUCAGAAAUACUGUUGUAGUUUGUGAGUGUUGCUCAUUAGUCACACAUUAGCUGUAGAGUGGAUGCAUGAUGCCCCAUGACCCCAGUAAUUCUUCCCAAUGAGUAGCAAACCCAGCACCAUCUUUCAUCCAUAGCCCUCUUCAGCAUUGCCUCCAUGGCCUAUUACAUUUUAGUGUGCAUCGUGUUUCUAUUGAUCUCUUAGGUUUUUCCUGGACCACAGGAAACAAAUUUGUCUUAAUAGCAUGACAGAUGGAAGAGAUAAAGGGCAUUGAAGCAGAAAUGUGUAGUUGGGGUAAGAUAGGAAAACUUGUGUCCUAAUUAAUUUCAAAAUAACUGCUCUUAGUCAAAGUGCUAUUAAGGGGAGUCUAGUAAGAGUAACCUUCUGGGCAUUUCUGGUUUAGAUUCUCUUCAUUAACAAAACUUCUGAGAAAUAGUACCUGUGGAUUAGUUUUGCACAAUAUCCUAUUCUCACAGUGACUUAAAAUUAAACUAGGUUUUUAUUGAACUACCUCACACUGAUUUUCUAUGCUUUCCCAAGUAAGCUGUUGCCCUUAAUGUUAGAUCUUUACUGAGUGUAAAUUAUUAAUGUGUGUUGCAUACUUUGUAGUCACUGUUGACAAAAUACCAGUAAGUAUGUGAAGUGCAUACCUUGCCUCAGUAAGGGACAGUCCUGUGUAGUCUUCCACUGUGUCUGGGGAAUUGUGCUAGCUGUGCUUAUUGACAUCAUCACUGUUUUUUGUAAGAAACCUGCUCAAGAUAUCAGUCCAUGCUUUACAUUUUACAAAAGGAGUAAAUCUUAGUAAAUUUUACGAAGAAAUAAAUUACUUUUGUAGGCCCAAUAUUUGGUAUAUUUUUGAGAAGCUCUUAAUCUUAUAGCCGAAUGAUGAAGUUAAACUGAAGUAGCUGUCUGCCAGGACUGUGACAUCUAUUUUCUCAUUACAGUUUAUCCUGUUAAUAAGGUUUUGAACCUGAAAACCUAAGGAUGAUAAUUAGAAUUUUUUCCUCUCUCCCUGUACAUGUCACUCCUUCUUCGUCCCUCCCCUCCUUGUGUUUGUUUUCCUUUCCCUCUCCUCUCUUAGAUAAAACAAAAUGGGGCACUUUGUAGGGAAUGCUGAGAUCAUUAUUGUGGUUUACUUGUUCAUGCCCUAGUCAUUAAACAUGCACCACUGGAUGUAAACAGUGUUAUCUAGUAUGUCAAUUGGUUAUAAUAUUUUAAAUAAAAAAGAAAAAGUGG